AUGUACGACUCUCUUCCUAGCUACCGGGAGACCUCUUCCGCGCACACUCAUGAAGAGGAACAUACGCCACUACUUCCCAAGCAGGUCGACCCCGACCCCGACUCCAAAAGCGCAAAAUCGUCGGUUUCCUUUCUGGUCGAAUUUUUCCGGCUGUUGAAGGACUCCAUACCAGUCAUUCUGGCAUACACGCUGCAAAACAGCCUACAAACCACCUCGGUGUUGAUUGUGGGACGGACCUCUCCGGAGAACCUGGCCACCACAGCUUUCUCACUGAUGUUUGCCAUGGUCACGGCAUGGAUGAUCGCCUUAGGCGGGACCACCGCAUUGGACACACUAGCCUCCUCAACGUUCACAGGCAGCUCGAAUAAGCAUGAUCUCGGAAUUCUGUUGCAGCGGGCAUUCUUUGUCCUCGGCCUGUUCUAUGUCCCCGUUGCAAUUCUUUGGACAUGCUCGGAGCCUGUGUUUCUUCUGCUUGGCCAGGACCCCCAGCUUUCACGGGAUAGUGCGCGUUUCCUAACUUGCUUGAUCCCUGGCGGUCUGGGUUAUAUCUACUUCGAGGCCAUGAAAAAAUAUCUGCAAGCACAGGGUAUUAUGCGCCCUGGGACGUAUGUCUUGCUGAUUACGGUGCCGUUUAAUGCAUUGCUCAAUUACCUGUUCUGUUACACCUUUCGCAUGGGGUUGCUUGGUGCGCCAUUUGCCACCGGCAUUUCCUACUGGCUGUCCUUUGCACUGCUCGUGUUGUAUGCCCGAUUCAUUGCCGGCUCCGAAUGCUGGGGCGGCUGGUCGCGCAAAGCAUUCGAGAAUCUUGGGACUUUCGCCCGAUUGGCCUUUCUGGGCGUGGUGCAUGUAGGCACCGAGUGGUGGGCCUUUGAGAUAGUAGCUCUUGCAGCCGGAAGGCUGGGAACAAUCCCACUGGCGGCUCAGAGCGUCAUCAUGACCGCAGACCAAGUGCUCAACACAAUCCCAUUUGGCGUGGGAGUCGCUACAUCUUCACGGGUGGGGAGCCUGCUAGGCUCCCGGGAUGCAGCUGGUGCAUCGAGAGCGGCCAACACCGCGGCCUGGCUAAGUAUGGCGCUGGGAGGGGCCGUGCUGGCUGUGCUGAUGGGGACUCGACACGUCUUUGCAAAGAUAUUCAACUCCGAUGAAGGGGUCGUACAGCUCACUGCGGAGGUUCUACCAUGGGUGGCGUUGUUCCAGAUCGCCGAUGGAUUGAACGGUAGCUGUGGAGGAAGCCUUAGGGGUAUGGGAAGACAGCAUGUCGGCGCGCUAGUCAACCUGGCCAGUUAUUAUUGUGGUGCACUACCUCUAGGUAUUUGGCUAGCCUUCAAUGGAUGGGGACUGAAAGGUCUUUGGGUGGGACAGUGCAUCGCAUUGUAUCUUGUGGGGGCACUGGAGUGGACAAUCGUGGCCUUCAGUAACUGGGAAGGCGAGGUCGAUAAGGCGUUUCAGCGAAUGGAUAUCCAUGACCGAUUGGAGGUUGGACACACCACCAAUGGUGCCACGACUGUUGUGUAA